CUUAAGUUCCCAGCGUCGCAAUGCUGUUGCUUCCUCUUUCAGUGAUGUUGUGACGAAGAUCAAGAUAUCAACUUUCAAACAAGAAGAAUGGUUCGCAUACGACCGUGCGGUCUAUCUCUCUCUGCAAUCGGGAGAGGUUGGACGCUUGGCGACACCUAUGAGUUCAUUGGCGCUUAUGCAGGACUAUCGAGGUCUCGCAAACUCAAAGGACCGUCGUUGAGCCACCCAAAAUGCGAAUCACAGAGGAGAUGUUAUCGCCCAAAACCUUCUCAAGGUCACAGGUCUCUGUCGCCGAACCAGGCACUGAAAGGCAGGUCAGGAGUGAGAUCAGAUGAAUGCAGUCAUUCCAGACAUGGCCAGCGAAAGGGCUUUCACGAUUAUUUUGUUACACAUCUCCCGUCGUCUUCCAUGCACCCAGAUUCGAGACCUCCAGCGGCUCUUCAUCAUAAGCUCCCUCGCUCCGCAUCAACCCCUCAUACACCAGGACCAGGGCCGGGCCCUGCUCCUGCUGCAGCCGCACCAGCAAUUGGUCUUGCGCGAGAAAUGACCGUCGUGCGAAUUCCUUUGCGGAGCGCAAAGCACCAUUUUGGCGCAUCGGUUUCGCGCGGUACGAGACCAUACAACGAGGAUACAUAUCAGGCUGGUGUUAUUGACAUUCCGGCUUUUGCGAAAAGGCAGCCUCUGUCAGUUACGCUAGCGCGGAACAGGGCCACUCCAGGUGAGGGUGUUGGAGCCGAAACGGCAAGCGGAGACCCUCAGGUCUUUUACUAUGGCGUAUUUGACGGGCAUGGCGGGAAAGAAUGCAGCGAGUUUCUCAGAGACAGUCUACAUUCAUACAUUGAGGAAACGGCGAGGUUAUUUCGACUAGAGUCAAGUCUAAGACCGACAUCGACAGCAAACGCAGAGACAAUGUCAGUGACAAUGAGCGCGAGUACCUCCUACAGUGAUGGCCAACUCCUCUCCACUGCCGGAUCAAGCAGUUCCGUCACACACCACAGCAGCGGAACUGCAAAACCUCCAAACGUCUUGAGCCUUCAACGGGCAAUGGUUCAUCAAUGGAAAGAGACAGUGGGCGGCUACUUUCGACGUUUCAAGCCACAAUACUUUUCUCCUCUAAGCAACACCAAGCGAUACUCGGUCGACGAUGCGACCGACGAUAGCACCGCCAUUGGACAAGCUGCGGCAGGCGAGCUAGAUGUUGGUAUUGAGACUGUUCUCAUGUAUGCGUUUCUCAAAGCCGACCUAGAUUUUAUUCUUGCCCAGGCACGCAAAGCCGACGAGGACAACAUAUUUCUGGAGCGGGCGCUCAACGAAGCUGAAGUUCUCGGCGAGCCAGGCAAGUCUCGGCUUGAGAUUGGCGGGCCUACUCGCUUCAAGGGUGGAAGCACAGGCAGCGUGGCCAUGAUUUCCACCCCGACCCCAACACCAUUCUGGCAUCCACGAUCGUCUUCAACCUUGCUCACGGCACAUGUCGGCGACUGCCGAAUUCUCCUUUGCGCGACUGAAUCGGGGGCUGCGGUGCCCAUGACGAUUGAUCAUCAUCCUGCGUCACCAGGCGAAGGGGCCCGUCUUCGAAGAUAUGCUGCUACAUUUGUGACCGAUUCUUUUGGCGAGGAACGCAUUAGUGGUCUCGCAAAUACACGUUCCUUUGGCGACAUGCAGUCCAAAAGAAUCGGCGUAUCGGCUGAGCCAGAAGUGAGACGUCUUGAAAUGGGACCAGCAGAAUACUCCUUUCUCGUCCUCAUGUCUGAUGGAAUCAGUGGCGAGCUCAGCGAUCAGGAAAUUGUGGAUAUCAUCAAAGAAGCAAAGACCCCAGAUCAGGGCGCAGCAAGUGUCGUCAGCUUUGCAACAGAAGUCGGCGAGGUUGGUGACAAUGCCACUUGUAUUGUCAUUCGACUCGGUGGCUGGGAGCGUCGCUCAGAAGGAGGCAUGGGUUCGAUGAGUACCCGCGAACUGCGCGAGUGGAGACGGCAAGAGGCAACGGAUCCGAGGAGAAGACGGACUUGAAUUUUUUGUACCUUUCAUCAUUCCAUUUGCACACACCGUGUACACUUGCAAUAUAUCUGGGCCGGGUAAAGGCGUUGCUACGUGGCCGCACGGCGUCUAAAGGAUCACACAUCUUGUACAUAUAUGAAAUCUAUCUUAUCAAUUUGCAAACUCAUAGACUGC